AUGAUAAUAACUUCUAGAGAAGAAAUAUUAAAUUCUAUGGAUUAUCAAACUUGGUUUCAGAAAAAUAUAAGUACUCUAAACAAUGUUGAAUUGUUACUUUGA